AUGUCGACCACCACGAAAAAGAUGGAGUACGUACGGCUUGGGACCUCUGGACUCAAGAUUUCCAAGAUCGUUCUCGGGACAAUGUCUUACGGAGAUCCUAAAUGGGGCGGAAGCUGGGUCCUCCCUGAGGAGGAGGCUAGCAAGCACAUUAAAGCGGCUUACGAUGCUGGAAUCAACAGCUUCGAUACAGCGAAUGUGUACUCCAAUGGGCUCAGCGAGGAGGUCCUGGGACGCGCCAUCAAGCAGCACAACCUCCCAAGAGAUGAAAUCGUCAUUAUGACCAAAGUUUACUUCACCCUUGGCCGAGAGCCGAGCGAAACCCUGUUCUACAUGGACGCUGCUAGCCUCGAAGCGAAGCGCUAUACCAACCAAUUUGGCCUCUCCCGCAAGCACAUCUUCGACUCGGUCAAGCACAGUCUUCGGCGUCUCCAAGUCGAUUAUAUCGACUUGUUGCAAUGCCAUAGAUUCGAUCAGAACACGCCCAUCGCCGAAACUAUGCAAGCUUUGCAUGACGUCGUGAAAGCGGGAUACGUGCGUUAUAUCGGGAUGUCGUCUUGCUAUGCCUGGCAAUUUCAUGCGAUGCAGAACUACGCUAUCGCAAAUAACCUCACACCCUUCAUCUCCAUGCAGAACCAUCACAACUUGAUCUACCGCGAAGAGGAGCGUGAAAUGUUCCCAACCUUGAAGCACUUUGGCGUUGGCGCCAUUCCCUGGUCUCCUCUCGCCCGCGGGGCGCUUUGUCGGCCCAUGUCGGUUCAACUUCAGAAAGAAAACCAAACAGCGCGUGCAGAAUCUGACGUGAUGCCGCCUUCCCUCUACACACAAUCCGCCUCGAACCAGAAGAUCGUCGAGAGAGUGGAGGAGGUCGCCAAGAAGCAUGGGGUCAAGAUGGCCCAAAUCGCCAUUGCGUGGUCGCUUUCCAAGGACGGCGUUUCGGCGCCAAUUGUUGGUACAACUUCGCUUCAGAACCUCUUCGAGGCCAUCGACGCGGUGCACAUCAAGCUCACAGCGGAAGAGAUCAAGUACCUCGAGGAGCCUUACCAGCCCAUGGCGAUCUUGGGUCAUUGGUGA